AAAAUAAUAAGAAGAAUAUUAAAAAUAAAUAAAUAAAUAAAUAAAUGUUGGCAGCUCAAUCCCAACUCUCCGGCCAUGAGCUGAUCCGAGCUCCUCCGAAAAGCAGCAGCCGCAGACCACUCCAGCCCAAGAAUAUUAAUCAAUCUGAAACCAAAGCCGCCACCACCACCACUUCCAAUCUGAAACCUAAGCCACACCACCCUCCACAUCAUAUCUCUAACAAAGAAAAUGUCCCUCACAUUUACACCACCACCACCACCACACUAGUUAAAAAACAAUCUCCUCCUCCGAUUCAACCACCCUUCGACGCCUCUCUGGCGGAUGAACUGUCAGCCAUUCGCGAAAAGCUCGAGAGGCAGAGGAUUGACAGAGACAAGAACGAGAGGCUGUUAAAGGAGAGGGGUUUGAUGCUCGAUCUGCAUUUGAAGGAGAUUCUUCACAGAGGUGAGCUUCAGAAACAGCUCGAGAUCGAGGUUGAUCGCCUCUACCGACUCAAGGAGAUCAAAUUAGCUUGCAUGAGGAUAUCUGGGAUUCGAUCUUUGAGAGAUAAGGAACAAGAGAAGAAGAUGAAUCAUCAUCAUUUAAACAAGCCUCAUAUCAAAACCGAUCAACAGAAAGACGAAACGCCAUUGCACACUCCGAAGAAGUGAAGUUGUCAGUAAAUAAAUCAUAUUUUUCAUCGCCAUUUCUGUUUGAUUUCCCUCUCUCCGGGAAUACGAACGAGUGGGAAUUUUGCGCCCGAGUUUUUUUUUUUUUUUUUUUUUUGAAAAUGCAGCUUGUGGUAAUAUGAUGUGAUUAAACUUCCUCGUUUCGGUACUAUUCAAGUAAAUCAUUUCUUUCUUUUCUCUGGUGUAUUAUGUGUAAUGUAAAAGUCCGAAAUUGUUAUCU